GAAGAGACACACUUGAUUUUCGAUGGAGUAACAUGCUAAAGUGACGAUUCAAGCGGCAGAAACGCACACCUAGUACCCCUAAAGAUCUGCCUUUUGCUUCUUCUUUUCUUUAUUUUAAAACUUCAUGAACCACUUUCGUGCUGGUGUAAUAGCGUGUGGACUGUGACCCGAGCGUGUGCGCACGUGGCUGCCGCAUCACUGUUAUCCUUAUUCUCUUUUUUUUCUCCUUCGCGGCGCCUCUCAUUCAAACCCAUAGAUGCACCCUUCAUAGGUCGCUGAGACAUCUCAUAGACAAGCGUUAUCAUCGCAAGCAACAACAAAAUAAUUCACUGUUUUCCUAUUUUCCCCCUUUUACUGUCUUUGCUACGGAGGAUUUGCACCUUCAUCUGCAAAUGCAGAUGUCUCGCCUUCUGCGCCGGGCAGGCGCGGCUGCAGAUCGCAAGGGCCACACGAGUGGUGGUAGCAGCAGCCCGCGCACCAAGCUUCCAUUUCUCAUCAACGUGGUCAAAAAGGCCCAAAAGUCGGCCAACACCGUCACAUAUAAAUCCGCACCGGCAUCGCCGUCGUCGUCGUUGUCGUCGGCCGAUGUCGCGUUGGCACCUCAGUCCUUUAAGCCGUACCCGCUGCUGCGACCCGGCGACACAAAACAGGCGGCCGGGAGCUCGCUGCUGUACAAGGACGAAACGUGUAUUUUGGUGAACGACGCCUUCCCCAAGUCCAUGGUGCACUGUCUGGUGAUGCCGCUGGAGCUGCGCCUUGUCUCCCUCGACGCGCUCACGAAAAAAGAUGUGCCGCUGCUGAAGCACAUGAUCCACGUGGGGAACGAGUACGUGCGUUUUUUGAAGACCACUUCUCAGAAGCUCUACGGGAAUCGGCGCUUUAUCUCCGGUUUUCACGCCCUCCCGUCGUUGCCGAUGCUGCACCUGCACGUCCUGUCGAUGGAUCUGGACAGCGUCUGUCUCAAGAACAAGAAGCACUACAACAGCUUCGCCACCUUUUUCUUUCUUUCAAGCGAUCGCGUUGUGGACGAUUUGGAGCGCCACGGACGUGUAACGAUCAAUCAAGACGUAGCACGACUGCGCCAGAUGGAAGAGCAGGAUAUGAGGUGUCUCUGGUGCGGGGCGGCGUUGGCGAACAUUCCUGCCAUGAAGGCGCACGUGAGCACGUGUUCGGAAAACAAGUCCGUUGAGAAAUGA